CAGCCACCGUCCCUUGAGCACAGCGAAGCGGGGCGGAGUGUUGACUCCCUCGGUACGGACUAAACUGUCAGCUGUCACAGCUCCAUACCUCCGCGAACACUGCAAACAUGCCCGGAAGCUGAUGCAGUCAACUCCAUGUCUACAAUUUGGGUGUGAACAACUUGGGACAUAAUGUCUCACUUGCUGAUUUCCUUCCUGAUAAUCCUCCUAAUUUGCAUUGUGUUGUCAUGCAUCAUAUUCAGAUGGUUGGUCAACACUUUGGCUGUGAGACUCUUCCAGACUGCACUAAAUGCAGAAUUGAGGAUCAAAUCAGUCGGAUUGUUUUCCGUUCAAGGAGUUAGUAUCCAGUUUCACCCGCAGCAUACUGUGGAAAUUGAUCGAAUAUGGAUUUCAAGUAAACUACUCAAACAGGAUUUGCCGAGAUACCUGGCACUGUGCGUUGGUGAGACAAGGGUUCGGUUUGAUUUGCAAGCACCCCUGGGACCACUGAUGAAGAAGAGUCAUGGGAAGAAAAUUGGGAAGAUUUCAGUCAGCGCCACAACACUUCGAUUUUUAUCACAACUGCUGUCAUUCCACAUUAGUUCCAUUAAUGUGAUGGUUCUCAACCUGGCCCUGUCCGAGUCUCUGUGGCACAUGACCAUCUCCUGCAUCACUUUGUUACUUGACCACCACAGUAAGAGGUUGGCAUGGGACUUCUCCGUGGGACAGUUAAGCAGCAAAGUUCUUAAAAGCAGCCAGCUGGACAUUUGUUUGGCUGAAGUGGCGUUUGGGUUGUUGCUUUCCGGUGAUGUGAGCCUACCCGAGAUAAAGCCGGGAUUGCUGUCUUUGCGCGUGAGGACGCUGCUAGCAGAGCUGCAUGAGGGCCUUUUCCUCAGCCAGAUCCUGGUGCCGGUGUCUCCCACAAGGACAACUCAAGAGACAUAUCAUGAACAAACACCAGUGUGUGCUGAUAUAGAAUUCAUCCAUACUGAAACUGUGGAACAAGUUCACCGCCUCAUCCCACAAAAGGUCAACAUGGAAUUCGAUAAUACAAAUGUCACCCUGUCCAUGCACAGCCAGAAAAGGCACCUGAACUGGACUCUGAAGUCUUUAAAGGUAUGUUAUGGACGUGAUGAUGAGCAGCUUCCCCUUAAAAGCUUCACCCCUGAACUGAGCUUUCCCCAAAGCAACCUGGAGCUCCUUCUUGAGGAUGGACUUCUUCUCUCUCAAAGCAGACAAAGAAUUCUCUGUGUAAACACACUCAAGACAUCCCUGCAGGUUACAUCCAUCGACAUUUGCGGCUCUUUCACUGUCAAUACUUGCAUCAUCCACUAUCGUCACCAGGAGUUUUUUCACUGGCUGAAUCUGCUUCCGUGGGGAGAGCUGAUCCACAGGAAGGAGUCACGUCGAAAAAUUCCAUUAGAUGUUUUGCCGACCCUCCUCUUCUUCAGACGCCUGCCCCACCUGGAUGCCCCUGUGAUGAUUUCUUCUUCUGUGUCCAACCUCAAUGUGUCCGUCCAGCUGGGAGACACGACACCUUUCGCACUCGGCUUCCUCUCAGCCCGUGCAGAACUGCAGCAUCUUCUGGACUUAAAGGUUGACCAAGACAACCCAGAGUCCCGAAAUGUGCACCAACGGUCGUCAUUAAACCUGGACAGUUUCUGGUGGCGUGUGGGUCAAGGCUCUCAUAUCCAACAAGCCCCCCACCCUCCUGGCAAACAUGUCUGGGGUGAAGCACUGAUCUUAGACUCCCUCUCUCUCCAGGGAAGCUGGAAUCGACCAAGCGGUGAGAUGAAUGGCAGCCCUCCGUGUUUGAGUGUGGAGUCCAGCCUGAAGGGACUUCAAGUUGAACUGUCAGAAACCUGCGCUUUGUGUUUAUCUCGUUUGAUGUCCUUCAUUCACUUUCCCCGUGGAGAACGGCCAAAGCUCUCAGUUGAAUCUACCCCUACUGGCUAUACUGUGCAACCCUUCUCAUCCUCACAGCUGCUUUUCAAACUGGACUGUCAUUUGGAGGAUGUCAAUGUUUUCACAAUCACUGAUCUGGCUGGAGCUCUGUCUUUGCGGAUGGAUACUGUUGGAGUCAUGAGCUCUACAGAGAGCUCCAAGGUGUCUCUAUAUGGUGUUGGCUUCUCCGUGAUCAAGACACUCACAGAGAACACUGAGACAUGUUGCCCCGCCUCUCAGAUGGCCAACCCACAACUGAAGCUCACCAGUACAGCUCUCUGUUACCAUGGCACCACCCACACACUGCAGGUUCAGUGUGAAGAGGAGAUUGCUGUCACAUGGAGACCCCCGGAUCAUAUGUUCUUUUAUCAGCACCUGACCGAAGCACUGCGUUGUUGGCGUAUGCUUUGUGGGGAUCCAAAAGAGGACCGCUCAAUCAAAUCUGAUGAAUCACAACAGAAAAGAAGACUGAGUUUGCAGGUUGAGUUGAGUCACACUCGUUUUACCGCCCAUGUUGGCGAACAGAACUAUAUUCUUCUUCACACGGAAGCGCUUUCCAUCUCCAAGCAUGCAGGUUCAGUACAAGUGUGCACGCCCUCCCUUGUUUUUAACUUUGACGGCCAUAACAUCGUGUCCUUCAAAGGCUUGGAUGUGGAAACACACGCUGACUUGCCUGAGAUGCAGCUGCACAGGAACAGCUUCCCUUUCCUCGAAACUCCCCAGAACCGUGUCUGGGUUUUCACUUGCCCAUUCCUGUCUCUGGAGUUCCCAUAUCAGUACAAUUUCUCUAAAACCUUCGAUAAGGCCAUCAGUGUGCAGAAGUGGUUGAAGACUCUGCACCGUCCAUCAGGACAGGACUCCAAAGUCCAGCAAAGCCUGCCUCCGGACCUCAUCUUCAAGAUCAGCCAGUUCUCCUUUGUCUUCUUGGAUGACAUUUUUGAGAUUAAGCUCAGAGACAACUAUGAGUUGAUGAAGGACGAAAGCAAAGAAAGCGCAAAGCGUCUUCAGCUUCUGGAUAAGAAGGUGGCUGAUCUGAGGAAGCAGCACGGAGAACUGCUGCCUGCCAGGAAGAUUGAAGAGCUGUACAGUUCGCUGGAAAAAAAGCACAUCGAGAUCUACAUCCAGCGCUCGCGUCGUCUUUACACCAACACGCCCAUGAGGAAGUCCUUGCUGACGUGGACUGUGUCUGACCUGGAAGUCGUCGUCCUGGCUGACCAGUCACUUCACGGACCAGAGAGGGUGAGAGAGCAACUGAGGGACAUUGACGGCAUUAGCCCCUUCCCAAGAGAUGGGCUGCCUUUGGUGAUCCAAUGGUGCCGUGCUGUCAAGUUUAAACUGACUGCGUUUUUAGUGAGAAUUCGGGACUACCCUCGCUACCUGUUUGAGAUUCGCGACUGGACGCUGUCUGGGCGUCUGAUUGGGACUGAGCAAGACGGACAGGCCAGAGCUCAUCGCAAAGCAAUUGUUCCACUCGGCGCACCGUGGGGAGACGUUACAGUUCACAGAAAUAUGCCACCCCUCAAGUUCUACUAUGACUUCAAAUCCAACAUCUGCCUGUACACUAUUGUUUGGGGACCAUGUUGGGACGCUGCUUGGAACCUAAUCGGCCAGGCAGUUGACCUUCUCACCAAACCCACAGUGGACCCGUCACCUCUUCUUGCAUGGUGGGACAAAAGUCGGUUCUUACUGCAUGGGUGCUGGGUCAUGGACAUUGAUCAGGCUAAUCUACAUCAACUUGCCACAGAGGACCCUUACAACACAACGGAAAACUUGCACUGGGAGUGGAAUAAGUUGAAUUUUGAUUGGAACCCUGGCCAGUUUGUUUUUAAGGGAGAUUUGAAUGUCAAUGUUAGGACAGCAUCAAAAUACGACGACAUCUGCUUUCUACACCUGCCCAAUUUGUGUAUGACCCUUGACCUUCAGUGGCUUUGCCAUGGCAACCCUCAUGACCACCAUGCUGUCAUGCUCUGCUGUGCAGAGAACGUCGCAGACGUGACCUCAGGACAGCCUCAUGAUUCCUACAGAGCUUUUCGCUCAGAGAAUCUCAACCUCUCCAUCACCAUGGACCUUAACCAGCAGUGUGGCCUAGAGUCAUCACAGCCCAGAAUUCUGCUGUACAGCAGCACCCUGCGGUGGAUGCAGAACUUUUGGGCCACCUGGACGAAUGUGUCUCGGCCCAUCUGCAGAGGCAAGCUCGCCCAGAGUCUCAGACCCGUACGUAAGAAGCUGGGUCAGCAUUACAAGCAGAUGUCCUACACAGCAGCCUUCCCACAGCUACAAGUACAUUAUUGGGCUUCCUUUGCCCAGCAAAGAGGUAUCCAAGUGGAGUGCAACAAAGGCCAUGUCUUUACUCGAGGGGCACAGAGACUGAUUCCACAGGCUGGCACUGUGAUGAGGAGGCUGAUCUCCGAAUGGAAUGUGACUCAGAUGGUUAGCGAGCUGUCGCAGGUGACCGUUCAUUUAAUGGCGUCCACUUGGGAUGAGACAGCAGACCACCAGAUUAACGCUCAAGUGAAGAAGACUCAUCUUCUCAGCCUGUCCUCCCUGAGUUACCAGCGACAGAGCAACCACGUGGAAGAGGAAGUGAACCUGAAGGAUGAAACCACUUAUGCGCAUAAGCUGCGUCUAGUGGACCUGCGUGCUUCCUGGAAUACUACUAACAGGAACAUAGCCUUUGGGCUGUAUGACGGUUAUAAAAAGGCUUCUGUUCUGAAAAGAAACCUCUCCACUGAAGCUCUGAAAGGUCUGCGAAUUGACACACAGUUGCAGGCCAAAAGACUCAAGCGGUCCCCUUCCAACUUCUCUCCCACCACUGCACCCACUACACCGGUUGUUCCAACCCUCAGUCGAGCAGAGAAAAGUCCACAUGAGGGGACAUCAAUGCUCCAGAAGCUCAUUGAGGAAACUGAUAAGUUCGUAGUAUUUUCUGAAGAGGACUCGGGCGUGAGUGACCAGCUUUGUGGCAUUGCAGCCUGCCAGACUGAUGAUGUCUAUAACCGCAACUGGUUCAUUGAGUUGGUCAACUGCCAGAUGAUGCUGCGAGGCACAGAGACGGCAGGCUGCGUGCUGGUGUCUGCAUCCAUGGCCCAGUUGCACCAGUGUGAGCACCAUCCGGCUUGGUACAAUGACACAUUGAAGCAGAAAACCACCUGGACCUGUCUGCUGGACGGCAUGCAAUACUUCGCCACCAUGGAGCCCAACCCGUCUGAGCAAGAGGACAGGCAAUUGUGGCUGGAGGUGAAAAACAUAGAGGAGCACAGGCAGCGGAACCUCGACUCGGUGCUGGAGCUUAUGGAGAGUGGCCAGGCUGUGGGAGGAAUGGUUAGCACCACUACAGACUGGAACCAGCCAGCCCAGGUAAAUGAAGCACAACAGGUACAGCGCAUCAUCUCCCGCUGCAGCUGCCGGAUGCACUACAUCAGCUACAGUCAUGACAUCAACCCGGAGCUCGCCACACAGAUUAAACCUCCAGAGCUCAGGAAUAACCACGAGAAAGAAGACCUGCUGAAAAAACAGGCUGGUGCUGUGGACACAUUCACCCUCAUUCACCAUGACCUAGAGAUAUCAACCAACCCUGUUCAGUACGCAAUGAUCCUGGACAUCGUCAACAAUCUCUUGUUGCAUGUAGAACCCAGACGCAAGGAGCACAGUGAGAAAAAGCAGCGUGUACGGUUUCAGUUGGAAAUCUCCAGUAACCCAGAGGAGCAGCGCAGCAGCAUCUUGCAUCUCCAAGAGGCAGUCAGGCAACACCUUGCUCAGAUAAGACGACUAGAAAAGCAGAUUUACUCCAACAUCAGGACACAACCUGAGGAACUGAGCAUUGACGAGCUGAAUGAUAUCAACAUGAGACUGCAGAACCAGCUAAACCAAGAGAAGAACGACAUGCAAAUGAAGAGCGAAGAGCUCAACAUCCUCAUCAGGUGUUUUAAGGAUUUCCAGCUACAGCGGGCGAACAAGCUGGAGCUACGGAAGCCACCAGAGGAUGUGAGUGUGGCGCGAAGAACCGAGAUCUACUUUGCACAGGCCCGAUGGUGUUUGACUGAAGAGGACGGCCAGCUCGGCAUCGCUGAGCUGGAGCUACAGAGAUUUAUGUAUAGCAAGCUCAACAAGUCUGAUGACACUGCAGAGCAUCUGUUGGAAUUAGGCUGGUUCACAAUGAACAAUCUUCUGCCCAACGCAGCAUACAAGGUGGUGCUUCGCCCUCAGAGCGCAGGUCAAUCUGGACGACAGUUCGCCUUGCGCCUCUUCAGCAAAGUGCGCCCCCCGGUCGGCGGGAUCUCCGUCAAGGAACACUUUGAGGUGAACGUGGUGCCUCUCACCAUCCAGCUGAUGUACCACUUCUUCAAGAGAAUGAUGGGUUUUUUCUUCCCGGGAAGAAAUGUCGAAGAGGAGGAGGUUACCGAUGAGGAAGAUAAAUUCCGAUUAGUUACCACAGGUAUCCCUGUAAAGACUAGACAGUCAUCAGAGGACUCCAUCGGAGCAAUGGGAUCCAGUAAAGCUGUCACACAGGGAAUGAACCGCACCGCUGGGGUCAGGAGGUCUUUCAGAAAACCUCCAGAGCAUCCUGUUGAUGACAUUGAUAAGAUGAAAGAGAGGGCGGCCAUGAAUAAUUCCUUCAUCUACAUCAAGAUUCCUCAAGUGCCGCUCUGUGUCAGCUAUAAGGGAGAGAAGAGUAGUGUGGACUGGAAGGACCUGAAUUUGGUCCUGCCGUGUUUAGAGUACCACAACAACACGUGGACGUGGUUGGACUUCGCCAUGGCUGUGAAAAGAGACAGUCGCAAAGCUCUCGUUGCACAGAUGAUAAAGGAGAAGCUACGCUUAAAGCCUGCCACGGGCUCGGACCUGCGGGGGAAGAUGUCUGACGGCAAAGUGGACAAUAGCCUGCAGCAGCAGGAGGAAGACGAGAAGGCCCGACUCCUCAUUGGCCUCAGCACCGCUGACAAGAACUCCAGCAAGAAGAGCAUCUUCAGUCGACGCAAGUGAGUCGACGUCUUGCAUCUCAAUAAAAAAAAAAAGGGGAAUAGUCGGAGCAUUUCAAGCCAUAUUUUGGACUUUAUGUUGUAUGAUCCUGCUGAUUUGUCAGAUUUAAUUAAGAAAAUAAUGUGGACAAAAAGCAGCCAUCGGGUGCCUGUUAGUUAAUUACUUAAUGACCAAAUACUAAGUAUGUUUAUUUGUGUGCCAUUCAGCUGUCACUGCAUUUCAUUCAUCAAUGAGCACGCUUGCGUUUUAGCUACGGAUGUACCAUCCAUGUAUCACUGCUACUGCUACACGUCAUGUGCCUCUAUGAACAACAGGGCAACCUUUCCUGCUGGCUCAGGACCACGGUUGCUUAUGUUAGAAAGCACCUUCAAAACCUUGUCAGUGUCUGCUGUAAGAAUCCCAUAUGUAUACAAAUUUGUAUGUUUUUACUAGUCAAAACUUAUCAUAUCACGUUUUUAUUUUCUGUCUGUCAGCCUGUAGUUACAAAAAAGAAGAGCACAAACAUUCAUAUCAUGUGGCAUUUGGAUUGAUGUGAUAUGUGUGUGUGUGGGGGGGGGGGGGUAAUCUGUUUUGUAAUUCUAACACUAAAGCACUUUUUUAAGCGAAGUCUUUUGGUAUUUUUGUAGACUCACUCGUAUUACUGUGCUGCUAAGCUUGUUGGGUUUCAAAAUAUUCAAUGACUGAUCUGGUAUUUCAUCUGUUGGACAAAGAAUUCUGUUUUCCGUCAGCUUUUUGUGGCCUAAUGUUUAUCUGUCAAUAAAAAAUGUUAAAUUGUGUUUGAA